AUGUUAUUUACCGUACUUGGAGUAAUUGCUCUCUUCCUGAGAGAAAGAACCAUCAAUUCCACCGUCUCAGGUCAAGAUGAAAGCUUCGACCGUCAAGGACUGGUCACGGUACCCUCCGUGGCCAACAGUGAUGGUCGAGAAAUCGGUGACUGGUGUGAAGAAUCAUCUUUGCAUCUGGAAGAACAGAUCAAUGUUCAGACUGAGGAACCGUCACUGGAGGAACCUGUUGAUGGCCAGAGUGAAGAUCCAUCACUGGUAGAGCCUGACAGUGUUCACAGUGAAGAACCAUCACUGGUAGAGCCUGACAGUGUUCACGGUGAAGAACCAUCACUGGUAGAGCCUGUCGAUGGUCACAGUGAGGACUCGGCCAGCUCCUCCAGCAGUGAUGAUGUUCCUCUAAACUCAUCCAGCAGUAGUGAUGACUACCCCCAAGAGAUUUACUCAGCCGGAUUCAACUGUAGUAGUGAGCUCACAGCCAGCUCCUACAGCAGCUUCAUGUCUGCUGAGUCUGGCUGUGGUGAUGACGCCUCUACAGAUUUUCUGUCUGCUGAGUCCGGCUGUGGUGAUGACCCCUCUACAGAUUUUCGGUCUGCUGAGUCUGGCUGUGGGGAUGACCCACCUCCAAAUGUGGUCUCUGCUGAGCCCGGCUGUAGUCAUGAUGACCCUCCAAAUGUGGUCUCUCCUAAGCCUGGCUGUAGUCAUGAUGACCCUCCAAAUGUGGUCUCUCCUAAGCCCGGCUGUAGUCAUGAUGACCCUCCAAAUGUGGUCUCUCCUAAGCCCGGCUGUAGUCAUGAUGACCCUCCAAAUGGGGUCUCUGCUAAGCCCGGCUGUAGUCCUGAUGACCCUCCAAAUGUGGUCUCUCCUAAGCCCGGCUGUAGUCAUGAUGACCCUCCAAAUGUGGUCUCUCCUAAGCCCGGCUGUAAAGAUGACGUCGAUCAUGGGGCAACCUGUCAGACAGAGGGCGCUGUUCCACCUCAGCCAGAAGAGCAGAAGGAUAAAGACACACACAUUAUUGAGGUCAACUCACAGAGCUAUGAAAUUGGCGCUAAGCUGGGCAAAGGAGGCUUUGGAACCGUUUUUGCAGGGACCCGUUUACAAGAUGGCCUUCCGGUGGCUUUAAAAUUGGCCGAUUUCAAGGACAAGCGAUUCAUCCGUGUUGAUGAUUUUGACCAGCCACUUCCAGCGGAGAUCGCUCUGCACUUUCUUGCUUCUAAAAGCCCCAAGAUUAAACAAGUUGUUCAGCUUCUGGACUGGAAGGUGGAGGACAGCUGCUACCUUAUGGUCCUAGAGCGGCCUGUACCCUGCAUGAGCUUAACUGAAUUUGUAAGAAACCACAGAGGUAACAUCGCAGAGGACGUGUUACGGAAAAUCAUGCUCCACGCAACAACUGCAGCUGACUUGUGCUGCAAACGCAAAGUGUUUCACCGCGAUAUCAAGCCUGACAACUUACUGAUUAACCCAGAGACCUUUGAAGUCAAAUUGAUUGACUUCGGCUGCGGUGAACUCCUUACUGACGGCUUUUACAAAGAGUUUUGUGGUAUGUAAAUCCUUCAAAGGUCUACAGAGCUCUUGUUCACAUUCACUGUUGUUUAUCUAUACCAGGGGUGCCACAGCUUAGUCCUAGAGGGCCGGUG